UUGUGGACUCGGACGUCGGACUACAAGAGUUCUUAGAAAUGAAUAUCAACAAAACUACGUGCAAUAUAUUUUCGAGUGUAAUUCACGGGGCUUUGAUGCUGAUGUUCACUUGCGUAUCCUCCCAAUCCUAUGACGAUUACCUAAAUCUGGAGGCCCUCAUGAUGAUCGAAACGACAACUCAAUCAAAAUCAUCUUAUGAAACAGAAGAAACCACACAAGUCACCGAUGUAACACAACCAACAACCGUUGCACCUCCUCAAGUCACCGACCUAACACAACCAACAACCGUUGCACCUCCUCAAGAGAUGCAUGGAUGGGAGGAAACUUGUAUAAUCCUUGCGGCUUCUGUACUUCUAGUUGGAGUCUUCAUAUACUUGAUUUGUAAAGUUAAAAAUAACCGCGAAUAUGAUGUGCAAUCAGCGCAACGUGUUUAAUUUUUUUUUAAUAAUUACACAUCAUUCCAAAACAAAUUACAUUAUAAAAUUAUGUCUCAUAAUAAA